CCAACAAAACAAAAACAAAAAUGGAUCGAAAUAAAGAUUUUUUCUACAAAAUUCUUUAUGAACGACCAUAUUAUGGUACAAAUCCAGUUUCAUUAUAUAAUUCAGCUAAAAAUAGUAAAUAUUUACUUCAACGUUUUCGUUGUUUACAUAGUCUUAAUGCUCAUAAUGGAUGUGUAAAUACUAUCUCUUGGAAUAGUACUGGUCGUUAUAUAUUAUCCGGUUCGGAUGAUCUUCAUUUAUCCAUUACAGAUGCAUUUACAGGUGAAAUCAAAACAAAAAUCCGUACUGGUCAUAUGACAAAUAUAUUUAGUGCAAAAUAUCUACCAAAUACGGAUGAUGUGAAAAUUGUUUCUUGUUCAGGUGAUGGUGUUAUUAUUUAUACAGAUUUAAAUCGUCCAGAAACAACUUAUCAAAAUAUAUUUGAUUGUCAAGAUGAAAGUGUUUAUGAUCUUGUUACCGUACCUGAUGAUCCACAUACAUUUUUAACAUGUUGUCAUGAUAAUACUGUACGUUGGUAUGAUUUACGUGUAAAACAAUCAUGUCAAAAACAUCGUAUGGGUCAUCAUCCUAAAUGUCGUGAAGAUGUUCUUGUUAAUUGUGAUUAUCCUGUUACGGCCAUUGCUAUUAAUCAUUUAUUACCAUGGCAACUUGCUGUUGGUUGUUCCGAUUCAAUUAUACGUAUUUAUGAUCGCCGAAUGUUGACAACAAAAUCAUUACGUGGUGUUGGUCCUUCAUUAGCCGAACAGAAUGCAUCGAUUGUGGCUAAAUUCACUUAUGAUGGCCUUACUGAUUUUAAUCGUAUCACAUCAUUAACAUAUAGCAGAAAUUGUCAACAAUUAUUGGCAUCAUAUGCAAAUGAUAAUAUUUAUUUAUUUAAUUUAUAUGGAGUACGUGAUACGAUUAAUAAUGGUAAUGAAGCUGAUACAAUUAAUGAUCGUCCAAGACGUUCACAACCACCAUAUAAACGAUUUCGUUUACGUGGUGAUUGGUCAGAUACUGGUCCCAGUGCACUUACAACCGAAGAAUUACGCAAUAUUGAUCAACAAUCGGAUACAACAACAUCAUCAACAAAUUUAUCAACACAACAACAGAAUCCGGCAUCCACAUCAACAUCACCAUCAUCAUCAUCAUCAACAACAUCAACAACAACAACAGCAAAUUCUUCGAGUCAAAAUAAUGGUGGACAAUCAUCAUCAACGCCAAAUCGAAGUAAUCGUUUACGACAAUUGAAUACAAUCUUAAGCAUAUUAUUUCGUAAUACACUUCGUAAUGAUAUUCUUAAUGAAAGUGUAGAUGAAACAAGUACAACAACAACAGCGAAUAGCAGUAAUAAUAAUAUAUCAUCACAGGCAACAAAUAAUUCAUCAUCAUCAUCGAAUGAAAGUCAACAAACACCAAAUACUGUACGUGAACAACGAACAAAUACAAAUGAUCAGGAUAAUAAUUCCGAAAGUUCAUCGGAUAAUUCAUUGAAUUAUUUUAUACAGAUUUUCGAUGAUGAUCUUGAUUAUCCUUAUUAUUCAAAUCGUGAACAAAACAAUAAUGAGGAUGAUAAUGAUGAUCCAAUGAAUAAUGAUGAUCGUGGUAAUCAAACGAUGGUCGAUAAUGAUGAUGAUGGUGGUGGUGGUGGUGGUGAUGGUGAAGAGGAUGGUCAAGAAGAUGAUGAUUUUGAUUCAGAUACAACAUCUGACAGUGUAUUCUUUCAUGAUACUUCGUCACUUGGUUCAAAUUCAAUACGGCAACGAAGCCGUAGUUCAUCAUCAAAUGAUUCACGACAAUCAUCACGUCGUAAAACUAGAAAUGCUAAUAGCCGUAAUACUAACAGGACAAAGAUGAACACCAACAAUAACAUUAUUGGUAAUCAUUUAAAUUCUACAACACCGACACCAUUUGAUCAUAAACGUACGCGUACAUAUAAAAUAAGAAAUUUUAAAAAAUUUUCUGGUCAUCGAAAUUCUCGUACUGUGAUAAAAAAAGCUACCUUCUGGGGAGAUAAUUAUAUCAUCAGUGGUAGUGAUUGUGGCCAUAUAUUUUUCUGGUCAAUUGAAACUGGUGAAGUAGUAAUGAUAUUGGAAGGUGAUCUACAUGUUGUCAAUUGUUUAGAACCUCAUCCUACCGAUCCAAUAUUAGCAUCGAGUGGCAUUGAUUAUGAUAUAAAAAUCUGGGGUGCCGAUUCUGAUGAAUGCCUUUUUGAUCCGGAAAAAGCUAAUAAGCUUAUAAAUCGUAAUAAACAUUUAUUACAAGAAUCACGCGAUACUGUUACUGUUCCGGCACGUUUUGUUCUAAGCCUUUUCUCAUCUAUGCAACAACGACAACAACGUUUCCGUGAACGACAACAACAACAACAACCACAACAGCAACCACAAAAUGAUGGCAAUAAUCGUUUUCAAUCAUCAUCAACGGAUCGUUUAGAUAGCGGAUGGAUUAGUGAUGGUGGUUCGAAUCGUUCAAAUAAUAAUAAUCGAAAUGAUGAUAUCGAUAUAGAUGAUUCGUGUUGAUGAUUCAUUUGAAAAUUAUAUUACAUCUAUAAACAUACGUAAUCAAUUCAUUAUUAUCAUUGUUGUUUUUUGUUGUUAAUUGUUCAAGAUGAAAACAAUAAUUUUGGAUUUUCUGUGAUUUUUUACUCACGAACACCCCAGACACACAUACACACUCAAACAUCUAUUUGGAUGUAUAAAUCAAAAAUUCGAUAGCAGUUAAUUUGUGCAUCACAUUACAUAUGUCAACAUUAGAAAAAUUCAAAACAA